AUGGAAGUUACCAACGCCCCAGAGGAACCGAAGCCCUUCCGGACGACUCACGUGCUGGCUACCCUAGGCCUGAUAUCCACAUCAUCCUUCUUCAUCCGACUCUACUAUCCCGUAGGCCGAGCCUUCUGGCCCUUGUUCCUCCAGCUGGCGUAUGUAUCCCAAUACGUCACUUACUACACCGCCGGCAUCUACAUCCACCGCUCAGGGCGUUCACUGCAAAACGCCAUCUCUUCAUCAACCUUACGCAUCGUCGGCAGCAUCACCGCCUCCAUCGCCUCCCUCAGUCUCUUCCACAUCAAGUCCCUACUCGACUCCGGCAUGUCUUUCCCCGAGAUCGUCCCUCUCAUCUUCGGCGGCCCAAACCUACUCGCCUUCCUCUACGCGUUCUUCAACGAAUUCGCUGGCUUGACCCUCGCUUCGCUCCUAUUGAAGGCUUUCUACGAUCCGCGUUUGGCGUUUCUGAGCAAGCGCUGGACGGUUGGGGCCGUGGAUGUUGCGAAGUAUAGUUAUGCGGCUUUCUUGGUUCAUUCACCGGUGGUUCUUGAUUUGCAGUGUUGGUUUGGGAAGAAGGGCUGGGAGAAUGAAGGCUCAUAG